CAGGGCGUGGGUGGGAACGAGGAGGAGCCUCCGCAGCGGCCGGCCAUCUCCUCACUGCUGUCCUCCAAGCCGGCGGUGGCGUCCUCCACGGACAUGCUGCACAGCAAGCUGUCGCAGCUGAAGGAGUCCCGCGAGCUCUACCAGCAGGACCACCACGCCCACUCCAACUCCCCCACCCACGGCCGCUCCGCCCCCGCCAACCUGGACGACCUGAAGAAGCGUCUGGAGCGGAUAAAGAGCAACCGGCAGUGAAGCGGCUCCGCCUCCCCCUCCCGCUGACUCCGCCCACUGUGCCUGUCUCUGUUAGAACCCCCCUCCCCUCGUAGAACCCGCCCCACUCCCUCCCCAGUUUGGACUUCUGUAACCUGUGACGGCGUCCCACAGGAGGAACAGUGUCAGGAAGCGUGGUUCUUCUUCUGUGGUGGCGCCGCAGCAGCUGAUGGAGCUGUAGCGCCCCCUGUGGUCCGACACUGGUAGCUUCUCUUUAACCCUCCUGCUCUGCAGUUUCUCACAUCGGAUCAUUUCAAGCCCAAAGCACACGUUUCACCCCGAGGGUCCGAGGACCGCCGCAGCAGGAGCGUCCAUCUUUUCUUGAAUCCGAUUAAAGGUUUUCCUCGUUGAUCUCCUGUAGUUUGUGCUCAGACUGUGGAGCAUCUGUAAAUACUGUAUUUAAGUCCUCGUUAACGCAUCACAUGGUUUGUUUAGCAGCAACACGCAGAGCCGACGCCCAGCAGAGCUUUGACCCCGCCCCCUCCCUCCCUGGGCGGCGGCUCCGUGUCUCCGGUGAAGAGCAUGGCAUGAAGUCAGUGACUGUUUGACAUUUGUUUUGUCCUGUAAAUAAAGUUACUUUAACAGAAACUAGUUUAAUUUUAUAUGUUGUGAGGAGGAGGAGGAUGAAGAUGAGGGCGUAGCUGAAUGUUUGAAACUUGUUUUUGAUUUUAUUUUCUUUUUUAAAUCCAGUCAGUUUGGUUUACUUGUUUAAUCCACAGUCAAACUGCAAAUAAAGUUUGUUCUUUUUUAAACGA